AUGGAGAGACUUCUGUCCAAACUCACAGAAAAACGUGUCCUUUUUACGGCUUCGUUUGCCAUACGACUGGCUUUGGUUGCCUAUGGGGACUACCAGGACAGGACCAUGGCCGUAAAGUACACCGACAUUGACUACCAUGUGUUCACAGACGCUGCACGGUUCAUAACAGAGGGGGAGUCUCCUUACAACAGGUCAACCUACCGUUACACUCCUCUUCUGGCCUGGCUUCUCACCCCAAACAUCUAUCUCAGCAUGGUGUUUGGUAAGAUCCUGUUCAUCGUCUGCGAUGUGCUGUCAGGGCUGCUCAUCUACAGAAUCCUCUGCCUGCGAGGUCUGAGCUGCCAGAUGGCGCGCCGUGUUUGUGCUUUGUGGCUUCUCAACCCUCUGCCCAUUGGGGUGUCAAGCAGAGGGAAUGCUGAAUCCAUAAUGGCUGCUUUGGUGCUGGGAACUUUACUCUGUAUGGAAGCCGGGCACCUGAUGUGGGCAGCUGCUCUCUACGGUUUGUCUGUUCAUAUGAAAAUCUACCCUAUUACGUAUGCGCUGCCAGUUUCUCUCAUCCUGCGCACACCGGAGAUGGGAACAGAGGGAACCAAAAACAGUGGGACAUUGAGGAAGUCCGCCGUCUUUAUUGGACGUUUCGUCAACGGGGGGCUGAUCCGCUUUGGAGCGGUGUCCGGUGGAGUUUUUAUGAUCCUGACCGUUAUUUUCUAUUACAUGUAUGGCUGGCAGUUUCUUCAUGAGACGUACCUGUACCAUCUGACCAGAAGGGACAUCAGACACAACUUUUCCCCUUACUUCUAUAUGCUCUACCUCACGGCGGACAGUUGGUGGAACCGGGGCCUCGGCCUGGCAGCGUUCCUGCCACAGCUCGUCCUGCUUCUGGUAGCGUCGUGGGCCUUCCACCGCGACCUGGCCUUCGUCUGUUUCCUGCACACAGCCAUAUUUGUGUCCUUCAAUAAAGUGUGCACCUCACAGUACUUCCUGUGGUACCUGUGCUUACUCCCUCUGGUCAUCCCACACCUGAGUCUUUCAGUGAAGCAGGGCUUGGGUCUGCUGCUCCUCUGGUUUGCUGGACAGGGUUUGUGGUUGGCUCCAGCCUACUUCCUGGAGUUUGAAGGCUCCAACACCUUCCUAUUGAUCUGGCUCGCCGGAUUGCUCUUCUUGGUCAUCAACUGUUUCGUCUUGAUUCAGAUCAUAGUUCAUUACAAACCAAAUCCACCUCCAGCGAGACUGAAGGCCGAAUGA